GCGGAGACGAUCUCCCGGCGGGCAGUGCGGCCCGGCUCUCCGUCGGCAGUGAGUGCCACGUCCCAAGUGUUCAGCGGAGGAGCCGAGAGGGCGGUUGGCUGGGGGCGGGGAACAGCGCGGAGCCCGACCCGGCCACGGAUCGCCCGCCGCCAUGGGCGCUUCGCAGAGCGUCGAGAUUCCCGGAGGCGGCACGGAAGGUUACCACGUCCUGCGGGUACAAGAAAAUUCCCCAGGACAUAGAGCUGGACUGGAACCAUUCUUUGAUUUUAUUGUUUCUAUUAAUGGUUCAAGAUUAAAUAAAGACAAUGAUACUCUUAAGGAUCUACUGAAAGCAAAUGUUGAAAAGCCUGUAAAAAUGCUUAUCUACAGUAGUAAAACACUGGAGCUGCGAGAGACCUCAGUCACACCAAGUAACAUGUGGGGUGGCCAGGGCUUGUUGGGAGUGAGCAUUCGUUUCUGCAGCUUUGAUGGGGCAAAUGAAAACGUUUGGCAUGUGUUGGAAGUAGAAUCAAAUUCUCCAGCGGCACGGGCGGGUCUUAGACCUCACAGUGAUUAUAUCAUUGGAGCAGAUACUGUCAUGAAUGAGUCUGAAGAUCUGUUCAGCCUUAUUGAAACACAUGAAACAAAACCAUUGAAACUUUAUGUGUAUAAUACAGACACUGAUAACUGUCGAGAAGUGAUUAUAACACCAAAUUCUGCAUGGGGUGGAGAAGGCAGCCUAGGAUGUGGCAUUGGAUAUGGUUAUUUACAUCGAAUACCUACACGCCCCUUUGAAGAAGGAAAGAAAAUAUCUCUUCCAGGACAGAUGACUGGUACACCUAUUACUCCUCUUAAAGAUGGGUUUACAGAGGUCCAGCUGUCCUCGGUUAAUCCCCCAUCUUUGUCACCACCUGGAACCACAGAAAUUGAACAGAGUCUCUCAGGACUUUCUAUUAGCUCAACUGCACCAGCUAUCAGUAAUGUUCUCAGCACAGGUGUACCAACAGUACCAUUAUUGCCACCACAAGUAAACCAGUCCCUCACUUCUGUACCAUCGAUGAAUCCAGCUACUACAUUACCAGGUCUGAUGCCUUUACCACCAGGACUACCUAACCUGCCUGCCCUCCCCAACCUCAACCUCCCCACACCGCACGUCAUGCCCAGCGUCAGCCUUCCAGAACUCGUGAACCCAGGUUUGCCACCUCUUCCUUCCUUGUCUUCCCGAAACUUACCUGGCAUUGCAGCUCUCCCCUUGCCAUCCGAGUUCCUUCCGUCAUUCCCUUUGGUUCCAGAGGUCUCUUCAGCAGCGGGCUCAGCGGAGCUGUUGUCCUCCCUCCCACCCACCAGCAGUCCACCCUCCGACCCCGUCAUGACCACUGCAAGAGCAGAUGCUGCCUCAGCACUCACUCUGGAUGUAACGCUCCCAACUUCCAAGGCCCCGAUCACUGUUGAGGACAGAGUCAGCGAAUCUGCCCUAGCCAGCCAGAAGCCUGUUUCUUCGGUAACAGAUGCAAAUGCCUCUGAGUCACCUUAACUUUGAACCAUCUUUGGAGUUGACUUGGUGUGCUUAUUUAACCACGGAAACGAAUCUGGAAACGCAAACUAUCAUUAAUUUCAUACUAGUUUUUAUCAUAUCUGUAGGCUCCUGUAAAUAAUUCUAAGGGAAAACUAAGCAAGAGGAUCUGAGAUUGUAUCUUGCCGAAUCAGGGUGGGUCAUGGGCUGGGGAGGGAAAUGUCAGAAAGUGCUUGUAUUUUAAAAACAACCAAAAAGAAUUGUAAGAGGGCUUGCCGCCAGGUUUCCACUGCCAUUCUUGGGGUGUGCAUCUUUGGGAAAGGUGGCAACAAGGUGUCUACUUUUGUCCCUGUCCCCCUGCUGCUCCUCUGUAAGAAAAUGAAACAUUUUAUGCCUCGUUCUCACAUGCAGCAUUUCUUGUAGUUUGUAAAUCAUUUGCGUGAAAGCAGACCAAUUCACUAAACCGUGAAAGGAAAAAUAUAUUUUACUUUUGGUCUCCAUGAGUCACAUCUCUAUUAAGGUUUACACAAAAAUCCAGCUAAAGAUGCUUGAUAAAGUUACACAAUGUGCACUAGUAAUUGAACAUCUUUUUAUUCAGCCUAUACACGGAUCCUUGUUUUGAGCUCUCAAAAUUACUCAGACAACAUUUUGUAACUGCUGCUGUUGCUUUAUACGUCCACCAUAAAAUACAUUUAAAAAGAAAUAAAGGAGGUGUUGGUGUUGCACAGUUUUAAACCAGAAGGUGGCACUUUGUGGCUACAUCAGAUAUUACAACUAUACUGGGAAAGCAUAGAUACAGCAAUAAAUUAUAGUAAUUUGACUUUUCUUGUGAUACAUUUAAAUUAUAGGUCCUACCUGCCAUAUGUGCAUGCAUUACUCUCAGUGUGCCACCCAUCUUCAGUGUAAUUUUUCAUGUCUUAAUGUUAGCUUUCUCCUAUGUUUUCUAAGAGAUGAUAAGUUAAAUGGAAUUGAUUUAUUGAAUGAAAUUAAGUGCAUAUUAUAUCUCUGUUUUUAAAUAAGAUGAAAGAACUUCAUCGGUUAUUGACCUGGCACUGGCAUGAACAUUGCUAAGAGAAUAGCACAUAGAACUACAACCACUCAGCUAACUAGGGUCAUCAGCUCCAGCUCAGAGCCUCCAACAGAGGCCAAUGCCAGUCAGUUCUUAGCAUAUAUCCAUUUCUAGAGCCAGAUUUCUAGUUAAAAUUAUUAAAGAAGGCUCCAGCUCUAAUCAUAGCAUCUUCUGUUUACAUUAUAAAUAUUUCUAGAAUAGUUCAAUCCUGUUUUUAAAGAGGAGCUUAUAACAGGUAGGAAAAAUAUUCACAAGUAUAUUUAAACUAGAGGCCCGAUGCAUGAAAUUCAUGCAAGGGGCUCAGCCCUCGCAGCCCCAGCUUCGUCCAGAAGGUCAUCCGGCUGUCUGGUCUAAUUAGCAUAUUGUGCUUUUAUUAUUAUAGAUGGUAUAAUUGUUUACUUUCCAGGACAGGAAAAGUUGAGCAAGUUGUUACUACUUUCUAAAAGAUGUUCAUAUUGUGUGUGUGUGUGUGUGUGUGUGUGUGUGUGUGUGUGUGUGAGAGAGAGAGAGAGAGAGAGAGAGAGAGAUACCUUAGUGCAGUGGUUCUCAACCUUCCUAAUGCUGCGACCCUUUAAUACAGUUCCUCAUGUUGUGGUGACCCCCAAUUUCAUUGUUACAAAUUGAACAUAAUUAAAGCAUAGUGAUUAAUCACAAAAACAAUAUGUAAUUAUAUAUGUGUUUUCCGACGGUCUUAGGCGACCCCCAAAGAGGUCGCAACCCACAGGUUGAGAACCGCUGCCUUAGUGGAAAGCAAGGCAUUUUUUAAAAUAUAUUUUUAUUGAUUUCAGAGGGGGAGAGAGAGAGAAACAUCAAUGAUGAGAGAGACUCAUUGAUCGCUGCCUUCUGCACGCCCCUACUGCAGAUCGAGCCUGCAACCCGGCAUGUACCCUGAUGGGAAUUGAACUGUGACCACCUGGUUCUUAGGUCGAUGUUCAACCACUGAGUCAUACUGGCUGGGCAGUUUUUAAGAUUUACAAAAUGAUUUUUUAACAGUUUCUCCAACGCAAUGAUAGUACCUCUUGUGGGAUCACAGUUCUCAUUUGAAAAUGACAGCAUCCCUAGACCAUCCUCCCCGGAAAGUGUCCAUAAGUAUAUGUAAAACCCUGAGCUCGGGGCGAGAGGGCUUCUUACCAUUCCCUCGGAAGACAGCCACAGACUUGGCCUAGAUUGGCUCAGUAGAUCUUUACUUAUUUUAGAUAUUCUCUGCUUCUUUCAGAAAAACAAAAAAACCCCAACAGUUUUGGUGUUUAUAGACAGCAGUAGGUUCUGUACCAGGUGCCAGAAAUGUGAUAUAAAAAAACAGUGUCCCUACCAAGAAGCCACUCGCUGUGGCCUUGUUGGGGGGUCAGUCCUCAGGGCUCUCCAGAGUAAGUGCUCUAACAUGGAGGAGUUCCAGUGAGAUGAGGAUCACAAAGGCAGAAUUACCUUUGAACCCUCUGCACCACUCAGCUUGUGCCCAAGUGCCACAAGAGAGGCACAAGGCAGUAAUGGGGGAGGACAUUAGUUUUGAAUAGGCUGUUACCACAACAAUUCUCAAAAUAAUAGUGGCUUAAAUAAGAAUGUUUAUUUCUCUCCCAUAUUCAGAGAAUCCGAGGUAGACCAGCUGAGGCAGGCCUAGCCCCUGGGAUAUCGGAGACCUGGGCUCUCAGCACGUAGUUCUACCGGUGUGCUUUCCAUUUCCAAGGUCAGCAUACGGACCCAGAUGGCAGCUGGAGCCCCAGCUACACACACCAUUCUCAUUCCUGCCAGAAGAGCAGCUCCUGUCCCCCUUCCUUUGGGGGCAAUUCAGGAAAGUUCCACACAGCACUUUAGCUCACAUCCUUCUGGCCAGUGUGGAGUCACCAGGCACUUUUAGCUGAAAAAGACACUGCGAGAUGAAGUCUUUAUCAUAUGCCCAAGCCAUUGCUGAUAAGGAAGAGGAGUAACUAAUGCAACCUAAGUGCCUGGCUGGGGGGUUGGGCCUUUGUCUUAAAAACAGGAGUCACAAAAGAACAAAACAAAGAGGAAGAAAAGAAAAAGAAAAUAAGAAAAA